AUGGCGUUAUCCGCGUCAUAUAUUACGUCAGCUACAUCAGCUGGCACGUCAAAAUUAUCAUUUCGUGCAAGACAAUUGGAUGUUGCAAGGCCAAUGCGUAUUUAUCUGUCUGAUGAAAUACCUGAUCUCGAUGAAUGCACACCAAUUAAUCGUGCUGUUGCUCAAAUGCCUACUGGUAUGGAAAAAGAUGAAGAAAUGGUUGGUUUUAAUUUUUUCAAUAUCCACGUUGUUCGCAUUAAUAAUUUGAAAGGGUCAAGGGUAUUCUUGAAAUCUUUUGGAAGUGUAUUUUCAAUAGUGAGAACAAAAGAAACGUAG